AUGGCCGACCACCACCAGCACGUUACGCAGGUCAUACAAAAACUGAAAGAGUAUCUAUACCUCAAAUUGGAAAAAUGCGACUUCCAUAAGUCCACCAUCUCAUUCCUAGGAUAUGUCAUCAGUGAGCAAGGGAUUGAAAUGGACCAGGGGAAGGUGAAAGCCAUCCAGAACUGGCCAAUUCCAACCACCGUUAAAGAACUUCAGAAAUUCCUUGCCCUUGCCAACUUCUAUCGUCGAUUUAUUGCCAACUACAGCAAGAUUUCCUCUCCUCUCACAUCACUGCUAAAGGACCGGCCCAAGUCUCUAUCCUGGGAUCCAUAUACUACAGAAGCCUUCCAAAGUCUCAAGAAUGCCUUUUGCACUGCCCCAAUCUUAGUCCAUCCUGACCCCAAACUACCCUUCAUUGUCGAAAUGGAUGCUUCAACCACAGGAGUGGGGCAGUGCUAA